CAUCGUUUGUGCACCAGACGCGUACGGGUAUGUCUCAAAAAAGAUUUCGGCAAAAUGGUAGAGAUACAGUUAAAAGGAAACAACAUAGAGGAUAUUCAUCACGUUCUAGGGAAAAUAGAGAACCACUGAUUGGUCAGAAGCAGACGUGGAAGGCUUACCAGAACGGUCAGAAGUGUAUGUUCGCCGGAAUUAACGAACGAAAGACAGGUAUUGCAAGAACAACGUCGCUUCUAGAAAACUGCGCGGCCUCUGAUAUUGCAAGGAAUGAGAAGAUUCCCUAA